AUGUUGGCCUCCUCCCCCUCGCCCUCCUCCGCGGCCUUGCGCUCCCCUCACACCCACCCGCGUCCCCAUCCACUCCCUCAUCCAACCGGGGUGGCAGCGGCGCAGUAUGAUCCUCACUCCGCUCCACAAUUCAAUAGUCCUCGCUCGUCGCGCCUGGCCAUUGAGGAACUCCGGUCGGCUCUGAAUCGGCAUACUGUCGAUCCUGCCUCCCCUGAAUCGCCUGCAGACAGGCACCGUCGUCGCGCGUCUACCUCUACAACGGCCACCGUUGAAACUCUCGCCCCCAGCUCCGCCUUGGCUCUUUCUUCCGGUCCUUCUGCCGCCACCCCUUCUACUGCCCCUUUGUCAUCUGACGAUAGUGCUCCCGACUCACACCUUCCCGUCUCCGCCCCUGCCACGGCCGCCGCUCCCUCGAUGCCCGCUCCGGACAGCUCGGGGUCCAACAAGCGUAACAGCCAAAAUGACCAUCACCCACCGGAUCUGACGCCGGCGGGGUCAGGCGGUCAGGAUCUGGAGGCCUCGCAAUCGAAGCGACGGCGCUCCUCCAAGUCGAAUGUCAAAUUUUUGCCCGCACAGUAUGAGGAGGCGGACCCCCGCGACUUGGUUGUCCUGAUCUCCAGCAUGCUGAUGGAGCUGAUUCGCUUCAAUGACAAGAUCCCCCUGCAUCAGGGGCGCCUGACGCGCUUCCACUCCCGAUCUCCACCCCGAAUUUCCGUGCAGGAUUACCUACAGCGCCUGACCACCCACGCCACCCUUUCACCCCCGAUUUUGCUCAGCAUGGUUUACUAUAUUGACCGUCUCUGCGCGUUGUAUCCAGCCUUUACAGUCUCCAGUCUUACCAUCCAUCGUUUCCUGAUUGUCAGUGCCACAGUGGCUAGCAAAGGACUCAGUGACAGUUUCUGGACCAAUAAGACAUAUGCUCGCGUAGGGGGUAUCAGCAUGAAUGAGCUGGCCAUGCUAGAACUCGAAUUUCUCUUCAGAGUCCAGUGGCGCAUUGUGCCACAACCAGAGGUCCUCGAAGAUUAUUAUCAGAGUCUGAUUGAACGGUGUGACGGAUUUCAGAUUGAGCGUACCAGUGCAACCCAGAGCACUUCAACCACGACCAUCAAUACCCCAGCAGCAUAA